AUGAAGUUGUACGCGUUAAGUGUGAUUUACAAGGGCCCAGAGAAAGCUAAUACACUGAAAGCCGCGUAUGACUUGAUGUCAUUCGGCUUCUUUCAACGCGGAAGCAUUCAGGAAUUCAUGACGUUCACAUCGCAAAUAAUCGUGGAACGCACUGCCGUUUGUGCCCGUCAAUCAGUCAAAGAAGGAGAAUACAUGUGCCAUGUCUACGUACGGAACGAUCGUUUGGCAGGCGUCGUCAUCAGCGAUCAAGAAUAUCCACAUCGCGUGGCACACACUAUGAUAGGAAAGGUGCUGGAAGAUUUCGCCAACGCCAUAGCUGCGUCCGAGUGGCCAGGUGGAACAUCCCAAACAAUCUCCUUCGCGGGACUCGAAGGCGUGUUGGCCAAGUACCAAAACCCGCGGGAAGCGGACGCAAUGUGCAAGAUCCAGGCGGAUUUGGACGAAACGAAAAUCAUCCUGCAUAACACAAUCGGAUCUGUGCUGGAGCGUGGAGAAAAACUUGAUGAUCUUGUAGCGAAGUCCGAGACUCUCAGCGAAACGUCCAAGGUGUUUUAUAAGACGGCUAGGAAAACGAAUUCGUGUUGCAGCUGGGGCUAG